CCAUUCCCUUUGCAAAUAGUGGGAGACAGACACAGCCUGAGAGUGGCCAAAAAGGAAGGCGGAAAAUGGAGGCUCAACCCGAGAGAUCAUCACUCCCUCAGGCCAAAGGAACCACCUUCCUCCGGACUUGCUUCAAUGGCCUCAAUGCCUUAUCAGGUGUUGGGAUACUGUCAAUCCCUUUUGCUCUGUCUCAAGGGGGAUGGCUGAGCUUAAUGUUUCUCCUCCUAGUAGCGAUCCUAUGUUGGUACACGGGUUUACUCCUACAACGUUGCAUGGACGCGAGCCCGCUUAUCAAGACCUACCCCGACAUCGGCGAACUGGCCUUCGGGCGCAAAGGAAGGGCCGUAAUAUGCAUCUUCAUGUACCUUGAGCUCUACCUGGUCGCGGUCGAGUUCCUCAUACUCGAAGGCGACAACCUCGACAAGUUGUUCCCCGACCACGAUUUCAAAUUGGGUCAUUUUAAAAUCGGAGGCAAGCAAGGGUUUGUCCUGCUAGCCGCCCUCGUGAUCUUGCCGACGACGUGGCUGAGAAGCUUGGGCGCUCUUGCCUACGUCUCUGCCGGAGGCGUCUUGGCUUCGAUUGUAUUGGUUCUGUGUGUGUUGUGGGUUGGCGCCGUCGAUGGUGUAGGGUUUGACGGAGAAGGGACGCUCUUGAGUUGGAGUGGCAUACCGACUGCCAUAAGCUUGUUUGCGUUUUGCUAUUGUGGCCACGCAGUGUUUCCCACUCUCUGCAAUUCCAUGAAAGAUCGAAGUCAAUUCUCAAAGGUUUUGUUGGUUUGUUUCUUGACGAGCACCGUCACCUACGGGUCGAUGGCGGUCCUAGGCUACUCGAUGUUUGGCGAGCAUCUGAAAUCGCAAGUGACGUUGAAUCUCCCUAUUAGAAAGAUGAGCUCCAAGAUCGCGAUCUAUAUGACGCUGAUCAACCCCCUCACCAAGUACGCGGUCAUCAUCAACCCGAUCGCGACGGCUCUCGAGGAGACAUGCCCCUUCCGCGACAGCCGACCCAUGAGCAUGCUGGUGAGGACGGUCAUCGUCGUCAGCACGGUCAUCGUGGCGCUGGUGGUCCCGUUCUUCGCCUACGUGAUGGUGUUUAUAGGUUCAUUCUUGAGCGUCACGAUGUCGAUAUUGUUGCCUUGCUUUUGCUAUCUCAAGAUAUACAAAGGCUCGAAGAAGAGUAGUAUAGAGGUUGGAGCUAUAGUUGGGAUCAUAUUGAUCGGGCUUUUCGUCGGUGUCGCGGGUACUUAUUUCUCUUUGAAACAAAUUAUGGACCAUUUGAGAAAGUGAUA